UUCUUUACCAGCCCAGGCUUUCCUAGCUCUGCACAGCGCCGUGUGCUGCUCCUGUUUCAUUGCCCUGUCGCGCAGUGUCGCUGCCGCUGCGGAGUGGGCGUUCAGUUUUCGGGUCGUCAUGGCUGGCUACGAAUACGUGAGCCCAGAGCAGCUGUCGGGCUUUGACAAGUACAAGUACAGCGCUUUGGAUACCAACCCACUCUCUCUGUAUAUCAUGCAUCCAUUUUGGAACACUAUAGUGAAGGUGUUUCCUACUUGGCUGGCUCCCAAUCUUAUAACCUUUUCUGGCUUUAUGCUGCUUGUGUUCAAUUUCCUACUCCUGACAUACUUCGACCCUGACUUCUAUGCUUCAGCACCUGGUCAUAAGCAUGUACCUGAUUGGGUUUGGAUUGUCGUGGGCAUCCUCAACUUUGUUGCCUACACUCUAGAUGGAGUGGAUGGAAAGCAAGCACGGAGAACCAAUUCCAGCACCCCGUUAGGGGAGCUGUUUGACCAUGGCCUGGACAGUUGGUCGUGUGUUUACUUUGUUGUGACUGUGUACUCCAUCUUUGGACGAGGACCGACUGGCGUCAGUGUUUUUGUUCUUUAUCUCCUGCUAUGGGUAGUUUUGUUUUCUUUUAUCCUGUCUCACUGGGAGAAGUAUAACACAGGCGUUCUUUUCCUGCCAUGGGGAUAUGACAUUAGCCAAGUGACUAUUUCUUUUGUCUACAUAGUGACUGCGGUUGUGGGAGUUGAGGCCUGGUAUGAACCUUUCCUGUUUAAUUUCUUAUAUAGAGACCUAUUCACUGCAAUGAUUAUUGGGUGUGCAUUAUGUGUGACUCUUCCAAUGAGUUUAUUAAACUUUUUUAGAAGCUAUAAAAGCAACACUCUGAAGCACAAGUCCGUCUAUGAAGCCAUGGUCCCCUUCUUCUCUCCGUGUUUGCUCUUCACUUUGUGUACAGUGUGGAUCCUCUGGUCACCUUCAGAUAUUUUAGAAAUACACCCUAGAAUAUUCUACUUCAUGGUUGGAACAGCUUUUGCCAAUAUCACAUGUCAACUAAUUGUUUGCCAAAUGAGCAGCACACGGUGCCCGACUUUGAACUGGUUACUGCUUCCUCUCCUCUUGGUUGUGGCAGCGGUGAUCGUAGGUGCAGCCACCUCCCGCCUUGAGAGCACUCUCCUUUACAUACUCACGGCUGCCUUCACUCUGGCUCACAUCCACUAUGGCAUACAAGUGGUGAAGCAGCUGAGCCGACAUUUUCAGAUUUAUCCUUUUUCAUUGAGGAAACCAAACUCAGAUUGACUAGGAAUGGAAGAACAGAAUAUCGGCCUGUAAUCUUGACAAAAUACUGUAAAUAGAUGCGUGUAAAUACUUCAUCCAUCACCAGUGAACUGAACGGAUCUGCUCGGCAGACAUGGGAUCUCAGUGCGUGCUAUGUGGACAGCAAGAAUGAAACAUGGGCUCAGCUUGUGGAAUUGUGGACUUUCUAACUCCCAGCUUACUCUGUUUUAUUUUAUUUCUUAUAGAGCCAUGAGACGUUUGAUUAAGCACAGUGUACAUUAAACCAGCUAAAUGUUCCUAGCUUCAUGAGUCCAUGGCGUUUUGACUCACAGAGUUAAAGAUGAUUUACUUUCAUGUUUAAGGUCCCCAGGUUGAUUCAGGAACACUAAUGACAUUCAGAUAGUCACAGCAUGUCUUAAUAUUUGAUACGUUAUGGUCAGUCUUUAGCUGUGGGAAUGAUAGACAGCCCAAAUGUAAUGCAGAAAAGCAUCAAAAAAGUCUCUUCAGCCAGAGAUGCCAGUGACUCCAGAACAGGGUACAGUUGCCAAAUCCUGGUUGCUCUCCAGUUAACUGCCUUCCCCACCUGCUGUGGAGGCUGUCCAGUAUCCCGGCUCUUACUAUAUCUGAUAAAUGGUUUCAUUUUCUUUUAGAGUGAAGUGUUCUGCCGUUACUUAGUAGGGAAUGGGUUGUAAUUACGGCCGGCCGUUGUGGCAUAGCUCAUUGUCUAAUUGUGGCUGUUCCCCUCUCAGCAGUGCAUUGCUAGGAUUGGGUGCCUGUGAGCUGUGAUUUUAAGAAUACAUGUGACAGUCCCAAGCUUGUGGUACUUACUUGUGAGGAUAUAAAGUAGCUUGUGAGAGGAAAUUUAAGCUGGAGUUAGGAGUCUCAGAGCUCCACAUUGCCACAGUUAGCACCUGGCACUGUCUGCUUUCCUUCUCCCUGGGGGUGAGCUAUUGUGGUUUUUAUUCUCACACAGGAUAACGAGAUUGUCUCUCCCCUAACUUGCCCACCUCCCUAUUUGGAGAAAACUUUUGAUAUAUACGCCUUACUGAGUGUUUACUUCCCUUAACAGGACUCAAAAUAAUUUUUGAGGUUUACUGACAACAUAAAAUAAUUCUUUUCGCUAUAUUGUGGUUAUUUUAUAAAUCACUCCUUUUUAUGAAUGUGGAAAUUUUUUUUCCCUUUGGACUUUGUCUUUAUUUAGUUUUGUGGUGGUGAAAUUUACUUGCUGAUUUUAUUUUCCACUGAGUGAGGUUUGUGCUUAAAUGAAGAGUGUGUCUUAAACCCUUUUUUUUGGACAGGUUGCACUUGGAUAAAAUAGGCACCACUGUGUUGAUAUGUAAUUAAAUUCAUAACUAUUAUUUAUCUAUGAAUGUAACCUUUCUGAAAUAUUGUAGCUCAUUCCUUUGUUGAAUAUCUGUCUGCUGCUUUGUAAAAACAAAAAACAAAAACAAAACCAUUGGUAUGUCAGGUAAACAUUUUAAAAUUCUAAUCAUUGUCGUCCAGGCUGUCGAAGAUAAGCCCAGGGGCUUACGUGUAUCUGGAGACAUUCUCUGAGACAAAAAAAUGAAAGCAAAAAUUGGUGAGAAGUUGAUGUGAAAAUGGGUAGUGAUUCUGUGCUUGUUAAUAAAUUGCCAUCAUGGAGGCUGGAAGGUGAGCCGGCUGUGUGAGGAUAACUGUU